AUGGGGUGGGAUGUGCUCCGGGUGGGACCCACGGCCCCGUCCCUGCUCCCGCAGGUCGUGAUCGUCAUCAACGCGUCGGCGCCGCCGCAGUCGCUGCAGAACGAGCUCAAACCUGAGGAGAUCGAGCAGCUCAAGCUCUGCAUGAGCAAGAGAUACGACGGGUCCCAGCAGGCGCUGGACCUCAAGAGCCUCCGCGUCGACCCGGACCUGGUGGCCCAGAGCAUCGACGUGGUGCUGAACCAGCGCAGCUGCAUGGGCGUGGUGCUGCGCAUCAUCGAGGAGAACAUCCCCGAGCUGCAGUCCCUGAACCUGGGCAGUAACAAGCUGUACCGCCUGGACGAUGUGGCCGAGUUGGCCCUCAAGGCCCCCGGGCUCAAAGUCCUCGACCUCUCACGCAACGAGCUGAAGUCGGAGCGGGAGCUGGACAAGGUGAAGGGGUUGAAGCUGGAGGAGCUGUGGCUGGACGGGAACCCCCUGUGUGACUCCUUCCGGGACCAGGCCAGUUACAUCAGGUCAGUGCCAGCCCUGGGGGGGCCCCGAGGGGCCCGGGGGCCUCCCCCACACCCACACAGCACCCCCCUGAGCAGGGGGGCUCGGCAGGACCGGGACACCCCCCCCCCGCCCCCC